UUGUGAGCGGAGCGAAUGAGAAAGCAGCCGUCGCCCGGUCUGCUAAAAUCGCAGGAACGAGGGGCGCGACUUUGGGAAGUUGUUUGGAUCGGGAGGAUUGUAGAGCAGGCUGCUUUUUGCUGAGCAGGGAUUUCCACCCCAAGAUCCGCUUUAAAAUGAAGGGGCUUUACUGUAAAUUAAGUGAAAGUACUGCGGAAGAAGUGAAGUUUGUCAUCCAAGAGACGGAGCUCCCAAGUGUUCCCGGCAGCCACUUUGUCAAAGUGCAGGUGAAAGCGUGUGCCCUCAGCCCGUUGGAUACCGCGCUUCUGAAGGACCUGAAAUUGCAGCAAGACUUAGUGCCAGUUGGAAGAGAAAUUGCCGGAGUAGUCCUUGAAGUUGGGCCCAAGGUGACAUUCUUUCGGCCUGAUGAUGAAGUUGUGGGAAUCCUACCACUGGACGCAGGAGUUUCUGGGCUGUGUGAUGUUGUAUUAAUCCAUGAGCAUCAUGUGGUGCACAAGACUGAGAAGGUGAGCUGGGUGGAGGCGGCCGGGACGAUCCGAGAUGGGCUGCGUUCGUACACGGCGCUGCACGCCCUGUCGCACGUCACCGCGGGAAACACCGUCUUGGUUCUGGAUGGGGCGAGUCCGUUUGGUAUAAUUACAAUCCAGUUAGCCCAUUACCAUGGCGCAAAGGUAUUGUCUACUGCCUUAUCUAUUGAAGACAACCAGCGUCUGGAGCAGCUGAGACCCACUGUUGGUGUCCAGGAGUCGAUAGUAGCCAGGGUGAUCAGUGUGUGGGACCAGAAGUCAGCUCUGGUGGACAUCUGCAUGGAGGAAACAGGAGGCCUGGGUGUGGACAUUGUCGUUGACACUGGAGUGAGGCUGUAUGGCGCAGAUGAGGAAUCUGCAUCAAAGAAGCUGCUUCCUCACAAGCAUGACAUCAUCACCCUGCUGGCUGUUGGAGGUCACUGGGUCACAUCAGGAGAAGGCCUGCAGCUGGAUCCCCCAGACAGCCGAGGCCUGUAUCUGAAAGGAGCCACAGUGUCCUUCCUGAACGAUGAAGUCUGGAAUGCCUCGGCCUCUUGCCAGGGGAAGUACCUUCACAUACUAAAAGAUGUGGUUGAGAAGCUGUCCAACAAGACCUUCAGGCCGCUGUUGGAAGACCCGGUGCCUUUGUACGAAGCCACAGUUUCUAUGGAAAUGGUUCAGAGGAGGAGAGUGAGAAAAAGGCAGGUUAUUCAGCUCUGACAUCCCCGAGACCAGCAAAUGUCAGCAGGACCCUGGAACCGCGCCGGAACAUUUUAAGGGAAAAAAAAAAGGUUCCCGUUGCUGCUCUUUGUCUUAAAGUCAUGUCAGUAAAACGUGUAACAUUGUGAGACUGUGGCCUUCCAAAAGGGAAAGUUGCUAUCCUCUUGUCGGUCUGUAAAUACUGUUUGUAGUUCAGGGGAGUGUCUUGUCCAGUUCGGCGCCAGCAUGGUUCUGUCUAACACUGCACUUGUAUCGCACACUUGCCCCACUGCUGUGUACAUGAGGAUCCUUUGGAGCCCAUCUUCUUCUUUUCCCCAUUAAAGUUCUGCUUAAUGUAUGUCUUUGACUACAUACUAUA